GCUCCAGCCUCACUUCCGGCGUGGGCGGAGCUCGGACGGAAGCAGUCUGCGGGACGUGAGGUGCGUGUGCGGCCGAGCGCGCCAUGCCCAAGGCGAAGGCAGAGCGGCGGGCCCGGCAGCAGCGCCGGGAGGGCGGCGGCGGCGCCGCAGGCGUCGUGUUCAACACCGGGCUCGGGCAGCACGUCCUGAAGAACCCGCUCGUGGUCAACAGCAUCGUGGACAAGGCUGCUUUAAGACCCACAGAUGUUGUCCUGGAAGUAGGUCCUGGAACUGGCAACUUGACAGUAAAAAUGUUAGAAAAAGUUAAAAAGGUCAUUGCUUGUGAACUUGACACCCGACUUGUGGGUGAACUUCAUAAAAGAGUCCAGGGCACAUGUCUGGCAAACAAACUUGAAAUAAAAGUUGGAGAUGUUCUCAAAAGCGAUUUACCAUUCUUUGAUGCAUGUGUAGCCAACUUGCCAUAUCAGAUUUCUUCACCUUUUGUUUUCAAGCUGUUGCUGCAUAGACCUUUCUUCAGGUGUGCAAUACUUAUGUUUCAAAGAGAAUUUGCUCUCCGUUUGGUUGCAAAACCAGGGAGUAAACUAUACUGCAGACUCUCUAUUAACACACAGCUAUUAGCCCGUGUGGAUCAUCUAAUGAAAGUUGGAAAGAAUAAUUUCAGGCCUCCACCCAAAGUUGAAUCCAGUGUUGUCAGGAUAGAGCCAAAGAACCCUCCACCCCCUAUCAACUUUCAGGAAUGGGAUGGUCUAGUAAGGAUAGCCUUUGUAAGGAAAAACAAGACGCUCUCUGCAGCAUUUAAAUCAAGUGCAGUGGAGCAGCUGCUGGAUCAUAAUUACCGAAUUCACUGUUCUGUACAUAACACUGAAAUACCAGAAAACUUUAAAAUAGCAGAGAAAAUACAGACAGUUCUAAAAAACACAGGAUACUCUGAAAAACGGGCUCGAUCGAUGGAUAUAGAUGACUUCAUUAGAAGCUGUAAGAGAAGAGAAGCUAGAGGACCAGGCAUAAUAGCUCCAUCCUUCCAGAACAAAGGAGAAAGAGGCAGUUAGCUGCAUUAGUCUGAUCAUCAGGAAAACAAGCAGGGCACAGUGGCACCUUAGAGACUACCUGUUUCACAGAGGCAUAAGCAGCUGUCACCUAUGAAAAAUUACACCUCUCAGAACAAAGAAGGCAAAGUGGAGGUUUUUUCCCCUUAUACUGAUAUAGACUGAAUGCAUGUGCACCUUUGCUCUUAGGAAAUGGAGUGGUACUGUUUUCCACAUGGAAUCUGGGUUACAAGAUGGACGAAGAGAGACAAGACAGUGUUAAAGUUGCUGCUCAUUUUUAAAGAUAUUCCCUUGAUGCAUAAAAAGAAAUCACCAGUAACACACACAAAUGACCAAACCAGUCUACCUCGGAGUUCAGUCAGAAUGUCAAUUUUUUGUUCUAGAAUUGCUUCAAGUUGUGUAGCAUAGGAAUCCACAUCAUAGUCUACUUCUUCAGUCAUCUCUAGAAGGGCUUUUUCAUCUUCUAACCAUCUUAUAGAUUCCUAUGAAGACAAGAGAGGCAAAAAUGACUCAAUAUAUCACCAAAUAGCAGAUGUGAAUUUACAGUCAUUCCUGCUUUUCUACAGCUUUUCUUAGACUAACAUUUAUUAAUCUGCACUGUAACACAUCCAAGUAUGAAUUCCUGCUCCCAUAUGGCAAAACUACAGGUUCUUAUAAAUUUUACUCAUGAUUCCUUAAUUCCAGUGGCUGCCAUUUGUCAGCAAUGGAGCAAGAACAGCAGUCUCUAUUCUCAAGUGUUGAAAAGGGACCUUAUGUCAGGUUGGAAAAGGAGAAGAGGAUGGGGGGGGGGGGAAAAAAGGGAUUUGCUGACUGACUGGAAGCCUCCUGUUAUCCUGGGAGAUCCUGCUGCAGCCGUUUUCAGAACAGGUACUCCAGUUGGAAACAUCUUAGCUUCUUAGUUAAAGCUACUAAUGGAGUGAUCUGUGUGUUUGGACUGCAAAUCAGAGUAACAUCUUUCCCCGUCCUCUUAUUAUGUCUCCAGUAGCCCAUCUUAACAAUGAAGGCACACUGCCCGCCCAUCUAUUUCUUAAAGUUCUAGUUUGGGAGAAGGAGCCAGACAAAGAAUAAAACUUUCAGAAAAACAAGAAGUGACUUGGGGGCUUACAGCCCAUUUUCCAAAGCAACUUCAGCUCUUACACGCCUAGUUUCCGCUGAAAGCCAAUGCACUUUGUCUCCCAAAAGGUUUUCUUGCAUUUGAAAAUACAGCAUUAGAGAUCUUUGAAAUUUACUCAAAAGCCCGUAGUUAAGGCUCCAGAUAAAGUUAUCUGUUGUGACCGACAAAAACAUUUUGAUCAGAUGGUUGGCACCUGUUUAAUUUGUAUGGGCAGGACAAAAUGAAGGUCCCUAUCUGCUUUAGAAUCUGCUAUUAAAAGUUUACUUUAUAUACAUGUUAAAUUACAUAUUUAUAAACAAAGUACAAUUUAAUUACAACAAACACCCAUGGGAAACUGAGAAAAGUUUGUUCAAAGACAGCGAUUGCUAUAAUAAGAUUAGUCAAUUUGUUCUAUCAUAACAAAAAAUGGUUCUUGCUACUGGGACUGUUAAAAGCAGGGAGUGUUUUUAUAAAUGAGGCUUGUUGUAACAAGGUUGUAUUGUACUUCAUGUUUCAAUGACCAUAAGGAAUUUUCUAAUCAGAUAAAUCCAUAAAAGAAUAUCUUAAAAAAAAAAAUUUUUAAAUACUGUUUCUCCCAGCAAGUUUAGUAGACUGGCCACCAUUUAAACAUAUACUUUGUAAUUUUCUUUGUAGAAAAAUACAGUAUACAAAGCUUUUUAAUGCAAGUUUAUACUAUGGAAAAAAAAAAAUCAGAGGUAACUUGUUACAGCAUAUAUGCACAAGACCAUGAACUGGUAGUUCUAAAUCAGGACACUUUGAAAUCCUUUCAAGGGUGCACCAGGGUGCCACACAAUGUUAGCACUGUUAGGUGUGCAAACAUGGAUUCACAAGAUAAACCCAGAGAUUCUGUC